CUGAUACAGACGUGGGUAAUUUGUUAGUGUUUGUCAAGGGAAGAAAAUGGAGGCUGGUCUUCGAUCAUACAAAGCUGACCUUCACUCUUUAGCUUGGUCAUAAUGUAUACUUGACGGAUUAACAAUGCCAACUGUCUGCGUCGAGUGUGCAAUUGGUUUGAACAUAUAAAAUGGACAGGCUAUUUCUUGUCAUGGAGUAUCUACCGAUAAUGUUAUUAAUAUUUAAGUUUUGUGGAGGCUGACAAGCUAUCUUCCGGGAAAGAAAGAGAUAAAUUGUUGGCAAGUCUUUGUGUUAGGAAUUAAUAUAUGGCAUUGAAUUAAGGAACAUCAGGUUGCUGCUAUGUAUUUUUCCUGGGAACUUUUUGGGAUGUCUUCUUUGUCAUUUCAUUUUUAACAGACAAACAUCAGUCAGAUAGUAGGUGGUUCUACAAGAAGCAAAUUCAGCAUUUUAGAAGUUUGAGAUGUAUGAGGGGGGUUGAUAUAGCAAUCAUCCAACUAUCCAAGAACUAUAAGCUCAGGAGUCUGGAGUGUUCAAACAUUUCUCAAAAACUCGAAAAGUCCUAUUCGGGAAGCCUUACCCAUCAACCGGGUGUUGUAUGCGCGAAGUAUCAGCUAAUCAACCUAGAAUCAACAAGUGGUGUAAUGGCUUGCUUUACUACAUGUUUUAACAGAAAGACACCACCUCCAACAAAGCACGGCAUAACAUUGGAGGAAGAGGUCUCAAACAUUCAAAACAUCAUAUUGUACUCUUAUAAAGAGCUGCGAAGAGCCUGUGAUAAUUUUCGUGCAGUUAAUAAGAUUGGGAUGGGAGGUUUCGGUUCUGUUUACAAGGGGAAGCUGAAGAAUGGCACCAUGGUGGCAGUAAAAGUGCUUUCUGAGGGAUCGACACAGGGCAUCCAGGAGUUCUUGACUGAGAUAACAAUGAUCUCUUCUAUGCAACAUGAUAAUCUAGUUAAGCUGUAUGGUUGUUGUGCAGAAGGAGUUCAUAGGAUCCUUGUAUAUGGUUAUCUUGAAAAUAAUAGCCUUGCUCAAACCCUACUAGGUCCUAACCACCGAAACAUUCAGUUCAGCUGGAAUGUAAGGAAGGAAAUUUGCAUUGGGGUUGCACGAGGUCUCGCAUACCUUCAUGAGGAAAUCCAACCUCAUAUAGUCCACAGAGACAUUAAAGCAAGUAAUAUUCUCCUAGAUGAAAACCUUAAUGCCAAGAUUUCAGAUUUUGGGCUCGCCAAGCUUUUCCCACCAAACAUGACUCACAUAAGCACACAUGUUGCAGGAACCUUAGGGUAUUUGGCCCCAGAGUAUGCACUGAGACGCCAGCUAACUCGAAAAGCAGAUAUAUAUAGUUUUGGUGUUCUCCUCUUGGAAAUUGUUUGUGGAAGAUGCAACAAGAAUGAGCGGUCACCUACAGAAGACGAGACUCUCCUUGGAAAGGCUUGGGAAUUGUACAAUAAAGGAGAACUACUGGAACUGAUAGACGCAUCAUUGGCGCGAGACACAAACAUGGAUGAGGCUGUUAAGUACGUCAAAAUUUGUUUCGUUUGCACCCAAGAAAUGCCAAAACUGAGGCCACUCAUGUCCACAGUUGUGAAGAUGUUAACAGGUGAAAUUGAGGUGCAAGGGAAGCUGAUAGCCAAGCCGGGGAUACUUCCAGAAGCGUUUCUCAGGAGGAAUAUUAUUACAGGAGAUGCAUCAUCACCUGGUUAUUCUAGCAUUGAGGCCUCACCAAUGCGUGAGAGUACCUUCAUAUCACAUGGCACUAUGACUUUUUCAUCAAUAUAUAACCGAAACAGCUGA